AUGCCGUCACAUUCAUUAUCCGUGGACAGAAGUGCUAUCAGCAGCUCUGCGGGAAGUGUGAGCGGCUUUCCCGAGGAAGAUCUUCGAGAAGGGGGUCCCGACAAUCUCGGUUACUUUCCUGCAAGGCUAGGGCAUCCGCUGGAACAAGGUCGUUAUCGCAUUAUACGAAAAUCAGGGUGGGGUCAAUACUCGAGUGUUUGGCUAGCAAAGGAUAAAAAGUAUGAUCGUUUUGUUCCACUCAAAAUCCUGACAUGUGAAGCAACCAAAGCAAUAUCUGGUGCUGAGCAGAGGUCGGAUGAAUUGCAAGUUUUGAUCAAGAUCAUGGUUGCUCGACCCUUGCAUCAUGGUUUCAAGCACAACCUUGCUUUAUAUGACUCAUCUGAAUUCAAAGGGCCGCACGGCACUCACCUAUGUCUUGUCACAGAAGUCCUUGGUUUCAGUCUAGAUUAUUUGCGCAAAAACGGAGACGAUGGCGAUUGUCGUCACUGCGAGUCAGCAUUGUCAAAAGAGUGGCAAAGCAGGUCCUCUGUGGCCUCGAAUAUCUACACGACGAGUGUGGUGUUGUUCAUUCAGCCAAAUUACAUUCUAGCUCCUCUUUGA